CCGGUUUCGUUAUCGCGAAACACAGCCGGGGUUUCUGGUGACGUCACGUAGGAAAGUACACAUUCUCACGGUGCUGCAUUCUGCAUCGACCCGAAAACAACAAGACUGCGCUCAAAUCCAGCGACGGCGGCCCAUGACACUUUCGUAGAAACCCGAAAUUGUGUCACAACAAUGGAGAAACCUCCCUUCAGGCAGAACCAGAACUGCGGAGAAUGGGAGCUGAAAGAGAGGCUGGGUAUGGGCGGAUUUGCCCAUGUUUACCUCUACCAACAUCAUGAAACAAAUGAAAAACUAGCUGUGAAAAUGUGCCGUCUGGAGCUCACACCAAGGAACAGGGACAGAUGGAGCAGAGAGAUCCAGAUCAUGAAAAAAUUAAAUCACAUCAAUGUUGUGACAGCCCGAGAUGUCCCCGAGGAAAUGGAGCCCAUAGCCUUAAAUGAUCUUCCACUGCUGGCCAUGGAGUACUGCUCCAGGGGAGACCUGAGGAAGGUGCUGAGCAAACCUGAAAACUGCUGCGGUUUGAAAGAGAGUGAGGUGCUUUCACUACUCAACGAUGUUGGAUCUGGUAUCCAGUAUCUGCAUGAGAACAAGAUCAUACACAGAGAUCUCAAACCUGAGAACAUCGUGCUGCAAGAUAUCAACGGAAAGCUGGUUCACAAGAUCAUUGACUUGGGUUAUGCUAAAGACCUGGACCAGGGCAGUCUGUGUACCUCCUUCGUUGGCACGCUUCAGUACCUGGCGCCUGAGCUGUUUGAGAACAAGCCAUACACUGUCACUGUGGACUACUGGAGCUUUGGCACCAUGGUGUUUGAAUGCAGUUGUGGUUUCCGUCCAUUUCUGCACAACCUCCAACCUGUGCAGUGGGCCAGCAAAGUGAGGAAUAAAGGUCCAAAAGACAUUAUGGCUGUGGAGGACCUGAACGGAGAAGUCAAGUUCUCCACACACCUCCCGUACCCCAACAAUCUCAGCAGGACGCUGUUGGAGCCGAUGGAGGCUCUGCUCCAGCUGAUGCUGAAGUGGGAUCCUGUCCAGAGAGGAGGCCAAGUCAACUGCGACGACAAGAAGCCUCUGUGCUUUGAAAUGCUGGAGCAGAUCCUGAGUAUGAGGGUCGUCCACAUCCUGAACAUGACCACAGCUCAGGUCCACUCGUUCCAGUUGACACCGGACGAAAGUCUCCACAGUCUGCAGAAACGCAUCGAGGCCGAGACCAGGAUCGAGGUGGUGAACCAGGAGCUGCUGCAGGAGACCGGAGUGUCGCUGGAUCCCAGGAAGCCGGCUGCACAGUGUGUCCUAGACGGAGUGAGAGGCUGGGACAGCUACAUCGUCUACCUGUUUGACAGGAGCAUCACCACCUACUCUGGUCCCUUCAGUGCCAGACAGCUGCCAGAUAAAGUCAACACUAUCGUGCAAGAAGCCAAGACACAGCUGCCCCUGGUUUUGUUGAAGAAGGUUUGGGGUGAAGCUGUGAGCUACAUCUGCGGCCUGAAGGAGGACUACAGCAGGCUUUUCCAAGGACAGAGGGCGGCUAUGUUGAGUCUCCUACGCUAUAACACCAACCUGACCCGGUGUAAGAACAGCAUGUUCGGCUUCUCUCAGCAGCUGAAGGCCAAACUGGACUUCUUCAAGAGCAGCAUCCAGUACGACCUGGAAAAAUACAGCGAUCAGAUGCACUACGGCAUAUCCUCUGAGAAGAUGCUGAAAGCGUGGCAGGAGAACGAGGAAAGAGCUGCUGCUUUCGCACAGGUGGCAGAGGUGAGCCAUCUGGACGAUGAGAUCAUGGCUCUGCACUCUGAGAUAGUUGAACUUCAGAGGAGUCCGUAUGCUCGACGCCAAGGAGACAAGAUGGAGCAGCUGGAAGAAAAGGCGAUUGAGCUCUACAAGCAACUGAAGAUGAAAUGUAAAACACCUGAACCAGAUGUGAGCAGCGACAGCUCAGAGAUGGUGAAGGCCAUCAUUCAGACAGUCCAGAACCAAGACAAGGUCCUCAAAGACCUGUACACACACCUCAGUAAGAUCCUGAUCAGCAAACAGAAGAUCAUUGACUUGUUUCCACGAAUUGAGAAAACCCUGGAGAGUAUAAAGGACGCUGACAACACUGUGAUGCAGAUGCAGAUAAAGAGACAGAGAGAGUUCUGGCAUUUACUGAAGAUCGCCUGUGCCCAGAACUCGUCGCGGAGCUCGAUAGCAGCGAGUCCCGAGUCGUCCAACCUGCUGCAGGUUUCUCAGUGGUCUCAGUCGGCACAACCUGUCAGCUCCCCACAUCCUCUAACAUCCCUGCCAGGCCCAAACGACAGUGAUGCUGCACCGCGGCUGCUGCAGGAGAACCAGAGGUACCUCACUCAGCUGACCAGCCUGAUGCAGGAGGCUGCAGACGAACAGACCAAAAGUAUAGUGGACCAAGACUGGAGCUGGACGAAGUACGAAACUUUAACGACAAAAUUAAAAAAGAGAAACGCGUGAGCACCGUCGCGUCCUCCAUCCCCGCCUGUUCUCUCCGAGUAACACUAAAGACUGAGAGCUGUUCACGCAGCAGAGCGACGUCACACGUUGUACAGUUGUACAUGGACCCAGGAAAUUCUCUCCUAGGGGAAACAAAAAAAGAAGAAACAAAAAAAAGAGACGGAGUCUACACAUGCUCAGUGGUGUCUGUCCACUCCCAUCGUCUCACAUGGUGGAAAGUUUGGUCGGUGAUUAUUCAUGUUUUUAUACGAGAAAACAACGAAGCUGUGUGUCACUCUCGUUUUACUUUUGCUGCAUCAUAAUCCAUGAAAAAUCGUUUCUACUGUUAUCGCCGAACUGUAGCACCAGAUUUUUUUGCGGGGGGGUUUGAGGUGGAUUUGUCACGCAGGAGAGUGUCGGACAGAAAGGUGGGAACUAGUUCAGACUUGUGACAUACAAGGGAAACACAGGAAGUGGUCGGGGUGGGGGCGCGGAGGGGCGCGGAGGGUCGCGGAGGAAAUUACAAUCAAGCAAACAGCACUUUGAUACUCCCAUGUAUCCUCUCUCUCUGUGAAGAGUUGUGUCGUUCCAGGCUGCCAAAACUGUCGCAGAAUUUACACAAACUUCUUCUCACUCGUAAUCGAUUUGAUAUAUUUUACUAUACACAGUCUGGGGUUUAGAUUCUAUGUAAAUGUUAUCAUGAUUUUUUUUUUUUUUUCUUUUUAAGAAUAAAGUGUUAUGUAUCAUAGGCAGAAGUCUUUGGUCGUGAUAUGUAAAAGACGUGGCUGGCCAUUAUGUUUAUAUGAUGUCUAUAAUGUACAUCUGUCAUUUUGUUUGUCUCUGAGACACAACGGUUGUUUUGUUUAUGUGCACAUAAUGUUUCACUGGAUGGGUUCUGCUGCGUUCAUGCCAUACACAGAUGAAGGGAAGAGUCGGUAGUCAUGUUUUGAGCCAAACUUGGUGCAGAUUUAAACUAAUUUACAGAAAAAUCAGCUUAGGUAAAUGCAAGAUAUUUAAUGAAAGUAAAUAUUAAGAGUUGUGUGGAGCCAUUUCUUCAGUCAGAUGAUGAAGUGUUGCAAAAGAAAGGUGAUGUCAUCAAAAGAGCUUAAAUCAAAUGUCAAAUGAAUGAAAACCGUUGAUGUUUCUGUUCAGUUUCAUUCAAUAAAGUCAGGAAGUUUACACUGAAUAAUCGGGAAAAACAUAUUUGCAGCUGGGAAAAUCCUCAUGAGCAACAACUCAAAGUCUGAGAAAAUUUUGAGACACAAGUUGCCAAGUUCACGUCACCUGACACAGAAAAUUGGCAGAUGAAAGUAAACUUUACUUUACAGACCUAUUUGAUCCGUUUCCUUUGCUCUUAAAACACUCUGAGCGAUAAAAUACGAAACAUCAUCUGUGUUGCUCCCAAACUCCAACGCGAACGCACCAAAGUCGGAAGAACAAUUUCCAAAGUCAGGAAGCUGGAUCGUCCGAGGAGCACGUGAAUGCAGCAUCAGUCUUGUCAACAACAUUUAGCUGAUUAGUUGUCAGCUAGUAAACUGAUCAACUACUUUCUUAAUCAGUUUGAAUUCUCUGGUUCAAACUUCUUAAAUGUGUUAAAUAUUUUCCGGUUUUUCUCCUCCUCUAUGAAAGUAAACUGAAAGUAAACUUUUGGGUUGGAAUUUGUUAGAUGUCACCUCUGGAAGAUGAUUUUAUAAUAAUUCUGACACCUGACAAAAAAAUAAAUGCAUCUGUUACCCAAGAAGAUAAUCAGCAACAUUAAUCGAUUAAGAUAGAUUAACUCACUGCCGCCUCAGUGUCAUAUGAAACGUAAUGUUGGAACCAGUUUCCAACUAUCACAAUUAGAAUCUGAGGGAGAAAAUUAGUUUUCAGGGCCUUUUUGAAAGAUAGAAAACAAGGAUGACUAACUUCGACUGACCCAAGUUAUUUGAUGACGUAAACAUUUAAAAGUGGCCUGCAGUGGCUUUUUUUCAUUGUCAGUUAAGUUUUGGUGAUUAUUUUCUUCAUUAUCUGGCUCAGUAUUUUACAAAAUGUCAGAAAAAAAGAGAAUAAAAACCUAUAAAAAUGUCCCAGAACCCAACGUGACGCAUUCAGUCAACUCUGAUAAAACAAAGAAAAGCAGUAACUGGAGAAUAUAUAACGCCGCUGCAGAACGACUCGGUUCAGUUCGGGGACUCUGUCUCUUCUUCUGUCCUGUAUGACAUGAACGUGGCGUUUAAAUAUGGAGGGGUGACGCCGCCUGGUUUCCAUCAAACAUCGUAGCACAGUCUUCAACCAUCAAUCCUCGGUGAGACGGCAGUUGAUCAGAGCAGUGAACAGUAACCGGUUGAAUGUACUGCAGUCAGGUGGAAACUGAACUGUCACACGGAGAAAUUUAAUCUUCUGAGUUGUAUUUAUGAAGUUAAAGUGCAAUGGAAAAGAUUUUCUUCUUCUUUUUUUUUUUUAUUUAAAUAACUUUCCAUUUAAGUAUUUGUUUCCAUCUUCUGGUUUAAACUUUGUCUCUGAAUGUUUGAUUUUUUUUGUUUUUUGGAAACGUCAUUGUAUAAAGAUCAAAUGUUUUGCCUGGUAAUGAAAUAAAAUGACUUUGGCAUGA